AUGACUGUCAACCGGAAUGUUGCUGUCAAGGCACUCCCUCCGUCUUUCUUCGCCCUGAGCCUGAUCACGGUACUCCUGCGAUGCUACGUCCGAAUGCGAGUCACCAGGGCGUUUGGAUGGGAUGAUGGGAUGAUGAUUAUUGCUCUGAUAUUUUAUGGCAUGUUCUGUGGGUGUAUGGUUACCGGUGGCGUCUACGGCACUGGGAUGCACUUCGAUCAAUUGACUACAAGCCACCGAGUCAAGGCCAUGAUGUUCUGGUGGCUUUGCGAGAUCGGAUACUGCGUCUCAUCUAUUUUCUGUAAAUGUUCGAUCUGCAUCUUCCUCGCCCGUAUUACCGUCAAGCGUCCACAUCUGGUAUUCCUAUACAUUAUCAUGACGCUCACCGUGCUGAUGGGCCUCGUCCUAAUGUUCGGGCUGUUAUUUCAAUGUCGACCUGUGACCUAUUUCUGGACCAGAGUGGCAUUUGAUCCCACCAUCCAGGGGACUUGCGUCAUCACCGAAGUGGUCGAAGCUCUGACCUACGCCUACAGUGCGGUGGCCGCCGUCUGCGACUUGGCUGUCGGCAUUGUUCCUUUCUUUAUCAUAUGGGGGUUGAAUAUGCCCUUCCGGCGCAAGGUGGCUGCGGUAGCGAUUUGCAGUAUUAGUUGCAUUGCAUGUUCAGCAGUGAUCAUUCGCUUCCCCUUUGUACGCACCUUUGCAGACAUGGAUUUCUUGUACAAAACCUACGAGAUCGCCGUGUGGUCGAAUGUGGAAGUGGGCCUGGGAAUCUUCGCCGGCAGUCUUGCGACCUUGCAUCCUUUACUCCGACACAUUCGCAGCAGCUGGACACAAGGUCGACUGAAGAGACUGACGUCGCGGGAUACAUCGGAGCAAGUCACCCCGCCGGUGGACUUUGUAUCUGUGUCGGACUAUCCCUCGCCGUCGGUUGAGAUCUUCCGACCGGGAAAUGUCAUGAAUAUCACGACGACUGUGCAGCGUGAGGAAUUAGGCCUAGGGAUUGGAGAGGGAAGCCAACUGUCCACUCGAGGCAGCUGUGAUACCGAUAUGCGGGCCAAUGAUAUUCUGGUGCAACAGACAUUCCAGAUAAACACAGGUCGACCGUCCAGAGAUUGGGAUCCUUGGACGAACACCAGUGAAGCAGGAGAUGACCAUGUGUGA